CGUGACCCCAGAAGUAAAUGGCGGGGAAGGUUUUUGUAGGGGGGAAGAAAUUUGGCGUGACAGCACCCACACAUGCAUUGUGGGCAAUUAUUAAACAAACAGCUCCCAAAACAAACGGCUCGCAAAUGAGAAUGGGUUCUCAUCGCACGAGGAAGACACGUUCAAGAGACUCGACUCGUUCGCGAACGUCACAAAUCUCCACGGAUGCGACCAAGAUGGCGGCUGGAAUACCUGGCGGUUGCCCUCCGCGGAUCCCGACUUAGGUUUCAAAAUUAAAUCAAACAGCGACAUGAAACACCAGUAAAUGCCUCAAAUAUUCGCUUUUGUUCUAAAACCUGCGAAACAGUAGUUAAGUUUGGAGCAUUUGACUGGGUGACAACGGAAGGGAACAGGCCAGGACUAAAAUGGCGACGUCGUCUCUUAUAACACAACAUCAACAAGAAUUAGCGCCACCAACUGAGACAAAGCUGAAAACUGCAGAUAAAGUGAGAUUAUAUAGUCAUACCUGAAAGUCGGAGGGGUGUGGUGACCGCCAGUGUCUCUGAGGGAAGCCAUGCAGGAGCCAAGAAAGUCGCAGCUGCCUCUUUGACAGCUGCGGGAGGAACGACACAAGCUCCGCUCAUGUUUACGGGAACAUCUCUCAACGAUCAUCUUCUGACUGGACCAGACCUCACCAACACAUUGGUCGGAGUGUUAUGCCGCUUCAGAAAGGGUCCCAUCGCCUUCAUGUGUGACGUGGAGAGAAUGUUCCAUCAAUUCCAUGUUGUCAAGGAACAUCAAGACUACCUGAGAUUUCUCUGGUGGGACAAAGACUUCCAGCACCUGAUUGGUCAUCAGGGAAAACUUUCCCCUCGGCUGCAAGGGUUUGCUACUUUGAAGCAGGAGAAUAUCCAUUUCGUCCACGUGAAAGAGGAAGAGAAGGAACUCGACAUCGCCCAGGAAGGAGACUAUCUUUUCAGGCCGCAGGAGGCUGAUCCCACCAAGUUACCAAUGACUUUUGUCACUGCUAAGACUGAAAACCAUGAAGAUUUACCUCGAGAAAAUCUCUUAGCUUCACUAUCUCCUACUGACAGCAAACCAUUUGAAUGCUCCAAAAAGAAGACAGACGUCCAGGAGCUGAUUGAUCAUCAAGAAAAACAUUCACCUCAGCCACAAGGGAUCUCCACUGUGAAGCAGGAGGAACCAUAUUUCCUCCAUAUUAAAGAAGAAGAAGAAAAAAAACUCUGGCUCACUCAGGAUGAGUGCCUUCUAGGGUCAAAGAAGGCUGAUCCCAUCAAUUUGCCACUAGCUAUUGUCUCUGUGAAGACUGAAGAGCAUGAAGGAAAACCACAAGAUCAGCAGUUGCUUAGUUAUCAAGAAGAAAAAUCCCCUCAGCCGCAAGAGAUCACCACUUUGACGCAGGAUAAUCUGCAUUUAUUCCAUGUUAAAAAGGAAGAGGAGGGAAUCUGGCUCAUUCGGGAAGCUGAAAGUCUUCUAGGGCCCGAGGAGCCUGAUCCUACCAAGUUGCCACCGACUGUUGUCUCUGUGAAGACUGAAGACCAUGAAGACAAACUACAAGCAAACAACUUAUUAGCUCCACUAUCAGAUAGUGAGGCUGAAGACUUGGUUGAAGAACCUCUAAGCAGCGAUACAGACUGUGAAGGUGAUGUGAGGACUAACACUGAAAACAAACACUCUCAAUGUCUUAAAAAUAACUGCGGUAAAAAACGUUUUACCUGCUCGGUUUGUGACAAAAGCUUUACUAAAAAGAGCUAUUUGCCUCAACACAUGAAAACACAUACUGGAGAAAAAACAUGUAGUUGUUCAAUUUGUGGGAAAGGAUUUACUCAUAAGGGCUAUUUGCCUGAACACAUGCGAACACACACAGGGGAAAAAACUUGUAGUUGUUCAAUUUGCGGGAAAAGAUUUACUCGGAAGUCAAGUGUGGCAACGCACAUGAAAGUGCACACCGGAGAAAGACCCUUCAAUUGUUCUGUUUGCGCGAAACAAUUCACUCAGAGGCCAACGAUGGUGAGACACAUGAAAACGCACACACACAAAAAAAACUUCAGGUGUUCAGUUUGUGGAGAACUAUUCACUCUGAAGUCAAGUAUGGUCAGACAUUUGAGAACGCACACAGUAGAUAAACCCUUUAGUUGUUCAGUUUGUGGUAAAAGUUUCUCUUUAGAAUCUGCAAAGAUCAGACACUUAAAAACGCACACGGGACAAAGACCCUUUAGUUGUUCAGUUUGUAGAAAAAGAUUCACUUUGAAGUCAAAUAUGGUCAAACACAUGAUCACGCACACAGGGGAUAAACGCUUUAGUUGUUCAGUAUGUCGUAAAAUGUUCUAUAAAAAAGGAGAUGUAGUAAGACACAUGAGAACACACACAGGAGAAAAACCUUUUUGUUGUUCUGUUUGUUGCAAAACAUUUGCUCAGAAGAGAAGUAUGCUCAAGCACAUGAGCUCACACAGCGGAGAAAAACCCUUUGGUUGUUCAGUUUGUGGUAAACGUUUCUUUUGGGAACCUGCACUGAUUAGACACUCAAAAACCCACACAGGAGAAAAACCUUUUAGUUGUUUAUUUUGUGGAAAAAAAUUUAGUCUGAAGUCAAGUAUGGUCAGACACAUGAACACGCACUCAGGAGAAAAACCCUUUAGUUGUUCAGUUUGUGAAAACCGGUUCUUAGAAAAGCGAUCUAUGGUAAGACACAUGAAAAUCCACACAGGAGAAAAACCCUUUAGUUGUUCAGUCUGCUGUAAAAGGUUCUCAGAAAAGAGAGAUAUGGUUAGACACGGUAGUACACACACAGGAGUAUAAUUCUGUAGAAGAGUGGUGCCCGUGAGGUCGAUCGCGGAGGGUGUGUUAUGUCAUUAUUCCUUCUAGUAUUUUAUGCACAGAUAAGAUGUGUCAAUAUGAAAGUAUCAGUAGAGUAGAAAAAUAGGUUCACCAUAUAUUCUCAUUUAUUUUUCAUUGCCUCUACUAAACCAUAUCAAUUGUAUUUAUCAUCAAUAAAGCAUGGGAAAAUACUGUUGGAACAUCAAAAAAAUGCCACAAAUUCAGUCAGCCAUUGUGAAUAUGCCGCUCUGAAUGUCCUCGGUAAUGUAUGUAGUUGUAGUAAAACUUCUGAACUCCGAUCAUAGUAUCAGAUCAGUCACACUGGAAAUACGCACAAUUUAGUGAUAUAUGUGCUGUCAAUCAUUCACAAUUUUUUUGUAAGACGAAAACAUGAUUUUCUUUUUUUUUAGGCAUUCUAAGUCGUAAAAAAAGAAAUACUUAAAAAGUCUGCUAACAAAUUAGUCCAUGGAGGCUCUCUAUUUCACCCACAAAACCAUCUAAAUUACCAUCCAAAAUACACCAGCAAUACUCUUUAAACAUAUUGUGACUUGAAUAUUAACCAAAUAUUAGUGCUGAUGUUAUUAUAAGCGCUAACGGAGACAAACUAUUUUUAGUGGCGGAUUGAUAUCACACAGUUAAAGUAGCACACUGCUGCUUUACUGUGAGCUGGCCGUAAAUUUCUGCUGCUCUCGCUCGUCAAAAGUUCUUCCAGAUUAUAAAUCAUGCCUCUUCUCUGGAUAUUACGAGGAUUUAGCUAUAAAACUAAAAGUUGAUCAUCUGUGACAUUCGAUGUACACCCGGAGAUGGAGACAGAAAAGGACAUUUCCUUGUUACGCAUUUGUGUGAAUCAAGAUGAAUUCUUUAUAUAAACGGGAAGAUAUGGACAUUUUACUGGUCGUUAUCACAGUAGGAUUUCAACAGUAUACAGCAAGUCAUCGUUUUAUUAUAUUUUCAGUUUGUAUUUCUUGUUGAGAACUUAGCAAUACUGCUAAAUGAUGCUUAGUGUUUCACUGUUUAGCAGAGCUUCUAAAACGUGUAGCUCAUCCUCCUUAUAUUUUCAUUGUUGUUGGUGAUAAAAGGAUUUGGGGUUGCUAUCUUUACGUCACGCUAUGACAUUGUCUGGCCAGCUCAUUUCUCAAGAUUAAUAGUAUUUUGAUCAUUUCUAUUUACUCGCAAUUUGUGUAAGUCUGUCGGUAUCAUACAUCAGAUAUACUGUGUAUAUGAAAGGCACUACACUCACUGGAAACUUAAUCUUGCAAACAUGUCAAUGCGCAAUUUCAACUAAAUAACUUUGAUUGGAAAAACAACAACCGGUUGGUGAAGCCGUAAAUAUCCUUAUUGACGUAAAUGGAUUCAGUAGCCUUCCCAAAUUGGUGAAAGUCAUUACCUUAGUAUGGCAGAGUGCAAGAAAAUGGCUUGCUUUAAAGAAAAGGGAAUGUGUUCAAGCAAAGUAGGACGGAAAAUGAAACUCUAAAGCAGGGGUCACAAACGCGGUGAUCGCGGGUACUAGGUCGCCCGUAAGGACCAGAUGAGUCGCCCGCUGGCCUGUUCUAAAAAUAGCUCAAAUAGCAGCACUUACCAGUGAGCUGCCUCUAUUUAUUUUUUUGUAUAAUUUACUAGCAAGCUGGUCUCGCUUUGCUCGAUAUUUUAAUGCUAAGAGAGACAAAACUCAAAUAGAAUUUGAAAAUCCAAGAAAAUAUUUUAAAGACUUGGUCUUCAGUUGUUUUAGUAGAUUCAUUUAUUUUUUUACUUUGCUUCUUAUAACUUUCAGAAAGACAAUUUUAGAGAAAAAAUACAACCUUAAAUAUGAUUUUUAGGAUUUUUAAACACAUUUACCUUUUAAAUUCCUUCCUCUUCUUUCCUGACGAUUUAAAUCAAUGUUCAAGUACAUUUAUUUUUUUAUUGUAACGAAUAAUAAAUACAUUUUAAUUUAAUUCUUCAUUUUAGCUUAUGUUUUUUCGCCGAAGAAUACUUGUGAAAUAUUUCUUCAAACUUAUUAUGAUUAAAAUUCAAACAUUAUCCUGGCAAAUCUAGAAAAUCUGUGAAAUCAAAUUUAAAUCUUAUUUCAAAGUCUUUUGAAUUUCUUUUAAAAUUUUUGUUCUGGAAAAUCUAGAAGAAAUAAUGAUUUGUCUUUGUAUAUAUGUAAUAUAGCUUGGUCCAAUUUGUUAUAUAUUUUAACAAAGUGCAGAUUGAAUUUUAACCUAUUUAAAACAUGUCAUCAAAAUUCUAAAAUUAAUCUUAAUCAGGAAAAAAUACUAGUGAUGAAUUUUUUCAAAAGAUUUAAAUUAGCUACUUUUAUUAAUAAUAACAUAGAGUUAAAGGUAAAUUGAGCAAAUUGGCUAUUUCUGGCAAUUUAUUUAAGUGUGUAUUAAACUGGUAGCCCUUCGCAUUAAUCAGUACCCAAGAAGUAGCUCUUGGUUUCAAAAGGUUGGUGACCCCUGCUCUAAGGCAACAUCUUCAGUGAAAGAACGAGAAAAGGCACUCAGAAAUCUCAGCAAUUCCAAACAUGACUUCAAACAGGUUGGUUGUCUACAAAGGUUAAAUCAUUGAUAUGCGGUGGAAGAACCCAGGCGUUUAUUGAGGGCAAGAAAGCCGUCUCAAUUUUACCAUAUCCAUCCAUUCUUUACCGCUUGUCCCUUUUUUGGGUCGCGAGGGGUGCUGGAGCUUAUCUCAGCUGCAUUCGAGUGGAAGGCGGCGUACACCCUGGACAAGUCGCCACCUCAUCCCAGGGCCAAGACAGAUGGACAGACAACAUUCACACACUAGGGACCAUUUAGUGUUGCCAAUCAAGGUGGGAGGGGCCUAUCCCCAGGUGCAUGUCUUUGGAGGUGGGAGGAAGCCGGAGUACCCGGGGGGACCCCACGCAGUCACGGGUCGACCAUGCAAACUCCACACAAAGAUUUCCACCCCAGGUUUGAACUCAGGACUUCUCAGGACCUUUGUAUUGUGAGGCACUUGCACUAACCCUUGUACCACCGUGCUGCCCCAAUUCUACCAUAUGAAAGAUUAAUUUUGACAUCGGCAACCCGUGAAGAACCCUAUGUCAACCAGGCAGGCAUUGCUGCGACCCUCCUCAAAAUCAGGACCACGGCUUGUAUGAUAAAAUGUCAAGGACUUGCCAAAAGAAAGUAGUCUUAAUACUUAAUAGUACCUAGUACUAGUACUCAGAAAGUUUCACCCCCAUACAACUCUUUCCUUUCAACAAUUCCUAAAAGACUCAAUUUGGCCUCCAACAAAUAAUAGGAAUCAGAAAAGUUCCGGUCACAAAUGCUCCUUUUGUGGACAAAACUGUAUGGAAUGCUAACGUGUGUGAUUACAGCUGGUUUUGGUCUUUGUAGAACAAAUGUUAUGACAACAAUUUAUCUCAAUGCUUGCAGAGUUAAAUUUCACUUAAACAACUGUUUUUGGUAAGGUUGCUCCUUUGCAUCUCAACAGUUUUUUUCAAUACAAUAGGCGGAACCAAACCUUGCUUGAUCGUACAUUACAAUGCCUUUGACCCCACCCCCUCUCCAACAUCUCCUAAUUUAAAUGUGUCGGCAAAGAUUCUCCCAUUUAAAACAAAAAUGACGAUUGUAGGCGACUGCAACGUGUCCAAUUGUUUACAUCGAAGUGUAAAAGGUGUUUAAGAAAACAAUUUUGUUCCGAUAUUUUAAAGGGGAACAUUAUCACCAGACCUAUGUAAGUGUCAAUAUAUACCUUGAUGUUGCAGAAAAAGACCAUGUAUUAUUUUUAACCGAAUUCCGAACUCUAAAUGGGUGAAUUUUGGCAAAUUAAACGCCUUUCUGUUUAUUGCUCUGGUGGUGAUGACGUCAGAACGUGACGUCACCGAGGUAAUACAGCCACCAUUUUCAUUUUCUACACAUUACACACACGGGUCUCAGCUCUGCUAUUUUCCGUUUUUUCGACUAUUUUUUUUAACCUUGGAGACAUCAUGCCUCGUUGGUGUGUUGUCGGGGGGUGUAACAACACUAACAGGGAGGGAUUCAAGUUGCACCACUGGCCCGAAGAUGCGAAAGUGUCUGCCGCCAGACCCCCAUUGAAUGUGCUGUAGUGUUUUGACAUUUGACCGGUGAUGACAGACAUGACACAGAGAUGUAUGGAUAACCUGCAGAUGCAUUUGCAACGAUAAAGUCAAUAAAAUCACAAAGGUGAGUUUUGUUGUUGAAUUAUGUGCUAAUCAGACAUAUUUGGUUGCGGCGUGACUGCCAGCUAAUCGAUGCUAACAUGCUAUGCUAAUCGAUGCUAACAUGCUAUGCUAAUCAAUGCUAACAUUCUAUUUACCGGCGAUGACAGACAUGGCACAGAGAUGUAUGGAUAACCUGCAGAUGCAUUUGCAAUGAUAAAGUCAACGAAAUCACAAAGGUGAGUUUUGUUGAUGUUGACUUAUGUGCCAAUCAGACAUAUUUGAUCGCGGCGUGACUGCCAGCUAAUCGAUGCUAACAUGCUAUUUACCGGCGGUGCUAAAGCAGACAUGGCACAGAAAUGUACGGAUAACCUGCAGAUGCAUUUGCAACUAUAUUAGGUUUCCUUCCAACCACAUUUAAUGCGAAAAAAACACCAAUCGACGGAUUUAAGUUGCUCCAUUAUCACAAAAUGCGAAAGUCCUGAUCCUUUCGUCCGCACAUUUUACCGGCGAUGCUAACGCAGUUAUUCGUCCAUGUUAUGGCUAUGAAUAGCGUCAAUAGCUAUUCGCUCAAUAGCUUCAGUUUUUUCGUCAAUACUUUCAAACUCCAACCAUCUGUUUCAAUACAUGCGUAAUCUGUUGAAUCGCUUAAGCCGCUGAAAUCUGAGUCUGAAUCCGAGCUAAUGUCACUAUACCUUGCUGUGGUAUUCCCAUUGUUUGUUUACAUUGGCAGCACUGUAUGACGUCACAGGGAAAUGGAUAGUGGUUUCAAAGAUAGCGAAAAUAAGGCACUUUAAAGCUUUAUUUAGGGAUAUUCCGAGACCGAUAAAAUUUUGAAAAAAAAAAUUCAAAAAACACAACAAGCCACUGGGAACAGAUUUUUAUUGUUUUUAACCUUUUUGAAGUUGUGAUAAUGUUCCCCUUUAAACGACGUUUAAACUAUGAGGAACAAAAUGUCUUAAAAUAGAUGUAAGAUACAUAUUUGUCUCAAGUUUCGUUACACACACGAAUCUUGAACAUGAUCCAAAACGUGUUCUACGCACAAACAACACAAAAUGUAGGUUUUUCUUGUCAAUUGUGCGUAAAAAAAAAUUGUAAUUUCAUACAUUAUAGUUAGUGCGCAGGAUAAGCAUUGGCGUGUAAAUAGUUGGGGUUUUGGCACCAGCUGCUGGACUAGACUAGAUCUGGCCAAUCUAAGUCUGAGCAUUAACUGAUGAACUACUACUUGGAUGACAGGCGAAAUGUCUUCCAAGUCGAACCGAACAGUCCUGUUGUCAUCAAUUGAAUGCCGUGAGAAUGACCCGGAGGAAUGCAAACAUCCAUAGACAAACAUCACGAUGAUGCUGGAAGCUAAAAGACUAUGAUACCUAUAUAAUAUGGGGGCAUCUUUCAAAACUCUUGACGUCAAUGGUUAUGAUGGGUUUUCCUUUAAAUGCAUCAAUGCAAAUAUGAAUGUGUGAUUCUUUGCAUCAUGUGACAUGCAAGACAUCCAUCCAUCCAUCCAUCGAUCUUCUUCUGCUUAUCCGAGGUCGGGUCGCGGGGGCAGCAGCCUAAGCAGAUAAGCCCAGACUUCCCUUUCCCCAGCCACUUCGUCCAGCUCCUCCCGGGGGAUCCCGAGGCGUUCCCAGGCCAGCCAGGAGACAUAGUCUUCCCAACGUGUCCUGGGUCUUCCCCGUGGCCUCCUCCGGUUGGACGUGCCCUAAACACCUCCCGAGGGAGGCGUUCGGGUGGCAUCCUGACCAGAUGCCCGAACCACCUCAUCUGGCUCCUCUCCAUGUGGAGGAGCAGCGGCUUUACUUUGAGCUCCUCCUGGAUGACAGAGCUUCUCACCCUAUCUCUAAGGGAGAGACCCGCCACACGGCGGAGUACACUCAUUUCGGCCGCUUGUACCCGUGAUCUUAUCUUUUCGGUCAUGACCCAAAGCUCAUGACCAUAGGUGAGGAUUGGAACGUAGAUCGACCGGUAAAUUGAGAGCUUUGCUUUCCGGCUCAACUCCUUCUUCACCACAAAGAAGGGAAUUAAAGAAUAAGUCAUUUUACACGGAUGCAAUGGAGAGAGUUACAAGAAUGGAAUAGAAGUGUGAGACCAGAGAGACCACUGGUGUGUAGUUAGUAUCGUUAGUCCUAACAGUUAGAUGUAAAUACCAUUUAUAUUAUUUGUUAUUUUUUACAGUGAGGAAUGAUUGGUUACUACUAGUAGUAUUUGAUGAUAUCCCUCUUUGGUCUAAGGUUAUAAACCUAUCAUGAAAAACUCCUGUAAUAGAUGUGGUGUGAAAUAAACCAAACAAAAUUAACGGGAGUAAAAAGGUUAUUGUCAGAAUAAUUGUAUCCAAGUUAUCACUAAACUUUGUGAGCCAUGAGUUCCCGGCGAGAGGACAAAAGCUGUCUUUGUCUUACCAGUCAAAAGGCUUGUAAAACUCCACUGUGUAGGAUGGGAAGCGACAUGAAGGUGUCGGUUUCUUUGAUGUAUUGUAAUCCACAGGAAGAUUUUGUCUUGACCCGAGAGCUACGAAGCGGAGAGGAGGCAGGGCCUGACCCCCUCCAGGCACCUUUUCAUUGAAUUGUUUUGUGACCGAGGGCAACGGCAGUUUACGACCUUUUCCUUGAACUGUUUUGUAACCAAAGGCGAUGGCUGUUUAUGACCUCUGUCCCUUUAGAAACAACUGUUGCCAUGUAAUCAGGGAAAGUUCAAAUAAAAAGAGGUGGCGUACAAUCUUUCGUCAGAGCAUGGUGGGACACUGUACAAGAGUACAGCCCAGAGGUUUCUCCUCAAUUGAGCCAAAUUUAAUUCUGUCUCUGUUUGAUUCCUUGCUUCUUUGUCUGUUUAAUAGAUGUCAUCCGUGUUUGAACCUGACAGUUGGUUUGACGUUAUUUCGAACAUGCAUACAAUUACGAGUUGAGUUGAGUUGACACGGCUAUGGGGUUGGACGUCACAAAAACACAAUACAGUUAAUAAAAAAGGACAUUUUUAAUUUUGUAUGGAGGAAAAUAUGUCAGGUUAAAAAAGAUGUCUGUGCAAUUUAAUUAUUGAUGGGGGGAUAAACAUGAUGGAUUUUACCAAUAUGCAACCCAAUGCUAAAGGUUAAAUGGCUCAAAAAGUAUAUUCAAACACAAAUAAGUUUCGGUAUUAUAUUACAAAUAUUAUCUUUGAAAAACUUUGUGGCAUUGAGUUUUUAUGAAAAUGCGAUGAUGAUCCUGCUAAACUUUGUAUUAAAUGAUCUCAAUUUUACAAGUAAACCUUACUUUUCUGGCUUGACUUGCAAAAAGCACCGCCUCUCACCUGGAAGGGACCUCAUUUGGAAAAAAAAACACAUUUAUAGGACAUAAAAAUUUAAUUCUUGUUUUGGUACAGCAGGUUUUAAAAAUAUAUUUUGAAUAUUUCACAGCUCAUUAGCUCAAAUCGUGAUAUUUAUUAUUCUAACUUUGUGCCAACUGGGCAACGCUAAAAAUUUUUUAAUAUUUUGUUAAUAAAAAAGCUAGAAUAACAUAAAUAAGUACAAUCUUUAUCAAUUGUGUCAAACCAAAAUAUUCAGCGUUAGUCAGUGAUGCUCUUUAAUGACAUUGACUGGGAAGAAGUAACAAAUCAAAAAUAAAUACUGAGUCCAUAACAAAACUAAAGUGUCAUUUAAAGUCAGUGUUGGGUUAGUUACUAAAAACCAGUAACUAGUUGCAGUUACUAGUUACUUUAUUUCAAAGGUAACUUAGUUUAACUAAGUUAGUGAAGUGAAGUGAAUUAUAUUUAUAUAGCGCUUUUUCUUUAGUGACUCAAAGCACUUUACAUAGUGAAACCCAAUAUCUAAGUUACAAUCAAACCAGUGUGGGUGGCACUGGAAGCAGGGGGGUAAAGUGUCUUGCCCAAGGGCACAACGGCAGUGACUGUGUUGGCAGAAGCGGGAAUUGAACCUGCAACCCUCAAGUUGCUGGCACGGUCACUCUACCAACUGAGCUAAACCGCUAAAGUUACUUACACCAAAAAGUAAUGCGUUACUGUAAAAAGUCUUUUUUAAGGCUCCUAUUAAUGCCCUUUUAGCCUUCAUUUCAAUACUGUUAUUGCACUUGUAACGCUAGCAUGGGCUAGGUGGGUUAAGAGUGUAAACCGUGUGACAGAAGAUGGUUCAUCUAGGAGCCUGAGGUAUGAAAGAUGACGACAACUUGGUUUAUCUUGGUUUCGACUGCAUUAAAUGUAUUGACACAAGCACAUAUAUACCACAGAUAACACAAUAGAAAAUAAAAAAAAUGCCCAAAACAAAAAUACAAGAUACAGUCCUGCUUCCUUCUAGGAACCAUUACACAGUUCAGUUCACAAAGGUACACAUACACGACGACUUUCGGGUCAGUCCAAAAGUUCAGUUCCGAAAACAAAAGUAAUCCAAAAGGUUCACAGCGAAGGAGAGAAAAAAAUGCUUGUCCUACCGCAUAGAUGUUUAGCUCGCCAUUUUGUAGAGUUGAGUUGAAAGGGGGAUAGGGAGCUCAGGUUGUUUGGGUCAACAGGUAUUCCUUCCCGGAAAAAAAAACGGACCUAAAAGUCCAAAAAACUAAGUGAGUAACCUAGUUACCUCUUCACUAGCAAAGUACAUUAUACAGGACUGUUUCAGAAAAUGUGAAUAGUGUGAUAAAGUCCUUUAUUUUCUGUAAUGCAACUAAAAACAUGAAAAUGUCAUACAUCCUGGAUUCAUUACACAUCAACUGAACAGGGGGCGGUGUGGCGCAGUGUGGCGCAGUGGGAGAGUGGCCGUGCGCAACCCGAGGGUCACUGGUUCAAAUCCCACCUAGAACCAACCUCGUCACGUCCGUUGUGUCCUGAGCAAGACACUUCACCCUUGCUCCUGAUGGUUGCUGGUUGGCGCCUUGCAUGGCAGCUCCCUCCAUCAGUGUGUGAAUGUGUGUGUGAAUGGGUAAAUGUGGAAGUAGUGUCAAAGCGCUUUGAGUACCUUGAAGGUAGAAAAGCGCUAUACAAGAACAACCCAUUUAAAUAUUGCAAGCCUUUUAUUAUUUUAAUAUUGUUGAUUAUGGCAUACAGCUUAAGAAAACUCAAAAAUCCUAUCUCGAAAAAUUAUCGGCCUCAAUCGGCCUGUGGCAUUGCUGAGGUGUUAUGGAUGCCCAGGAUGCUUCAAUAGCGGCCUUUAGCUCAUUUGCAUUAUUGGGCCUGGUGUCUUUCAGCUUCUUCUUCACAAUACCCACAAAUUCUCUAUGAGGUUCAGGUCAGGGGAGUUGGCAGGCCAGUGAAGGACAGUAAUGCCAUGGUCAGUACACCAGUUACUGCUGGUUUUGGCACUGUGGACAGGUGCCAGAUCAUGCUGGAAAAUGAAAUCAUCAUCUCCAUAGAGCUUUUCAACAGAUACAGCUUCAAUAGCCGUAUUCCCAUGGUCAAGCCACUCCUGAACUCUAGACAACGGAAGUUCCCUCUGUCAGCUAUGGUUUGGGGAGCCAAGUCAGCUGCUGGUUUUGGUCCACUGUGUUUCAUCAAGUCCAGAGUCAAUGCAGCUGUGUACAUGCUUCCAUCUGUUGUAAAGCUCUAAGGAGAUGAUGUUUUAAUUUCAAUGCCAAAGGCCGAUUGCCUCCAUGCCAUGCCGUAUUGAUGCAGUAAUCUGUGCAAAAGGAUUCCCAACCAAGUACUGAGUGCAUUAAUUAAUAUUUUCAAAUGUUUGAUUUUGUUUUGCUGUUAUAAAUCGUUUUUUUUUACUUGGUCUGAGGAAAUAUUCACAUUUUUUGAAAUAGGAUUUUUAAGUUUUCUAAUGCUGUAUGCUAUAAUCAGCAAUAUUAAAAUAAUAAAAGGCUUGCAAUAUUUCAGUUGAUGUGUAAUGAAUCCAGAAUGUAUGACAUUUCAUGUUUUUAGUUGCAUUACAGUAAAUAAAGGACUUUAUCACAAUAUUCUAAUUUUCUGAGACAGUCCUGCAUAUGUACUUGAAUGCCUAAUAUAAGCAUUCGAUUGUCCAGAAUGACUAUUUUUUUCUACUGAUAAACAAGUGAUGACAUAAUUAACCAUGUUGAUUAAUAUACAAUCAAUAGUCCAAUAAAAAUGAACAUUCAUAAUACAUUUCUCAUAAACCAAUUGAUAUGACAUAAUUAACCAUGUUGAUUAAUAUACAAUCAUGAGUCCAAUAAAAAUGAACAUUCAUAAUACAUUUCUAAUAAUACAGAUCAUGAUUUCUUAUCUAAAGUGAUAAAACUCAAUCAUGGAUCAAUUACAAAUUCAAUUACAAGUGCACUUAUAUAAACUAGUUUCAUAAUAUUACUCAUUAAAAACUCAUUGAAUCAUGAUUUAAAUUCAAGUACUUGUCCAAACAUUAAAAGUUAAUAAAUAACCAAGCAGAGUUAAAUUAAAGUGUUGCGCAACAAACCAAAUACACACACCUGCGUUCCAUCCAUAAGUUAGAUUUAUAUCGCGCUUUUCUAAACACUCAAAGCGCUCACAGAGAAGUGGGACUCAACAUUCAUUCACACCUGGUGGUGGUAAGCUACAUCAGUAGCCACAGCUGCCCUGGGGUAGACUGACGGAAGCGUGGCUGCCAAUUUGCGCCUACGGCCCCUCCGACCACCACCAAUCAUUCAUUCACCAGUGUGAGCGGCACCAGGGGCAAAGGGUGAAAUGUCCUGCCCAAGGACACAACGGCAGCAAUUUUUUUGGAUGUCAAUAGGUGGGAAGCGAACCUGCAACCCUCAGGGUUCUGGCCGGCCGCUCUACCCACUACGCCAUGCCGCCCCAUCUAGCGUGUAGUAAAGAAGACCCCAUAGCAGAAAUGUAAAGACUCGAAAAACCAUCCAAAGCCCUUUGCCGCUUUGCUAGACUAAAUUGUUGCCUACAAAUCGCUGGAUGAUCAUAAGAAAAUAAAAGGUAAUUACCUGAGUAAUCGAAGGCAAACACAACACACUAUGAACGGCCUGAUUGUUAAUCGAACAUGUUGGCUGUAAGGAGAAAUAGCAGCGGUUAGCGCCUAUGCUAAAACAGAUGCAAACAUAAUAUUGGCGACAUGGCACAUGAUUGUGAUUUUGGAAUUCCGUUGAUUAUGCUAUGGCAAAAGACUCACCUAAUUAUGAAGUUUGCAAAGUGUGAGGAUGAGAAGAUUUUGCGAGUUUCUUCUCCAGCACGUCUCACAGCACUGCAGCCACAGCAGAGACGAGAGAGCGUGGUGAAGUGCGAGCGCCAUUUUGGGGCAGGAAAUAAACCUCCACAAUAAAAGUAUUUGCACUGUAUGCAUGUGUUUAAUGGGUAUUUUAAAAAUGGGUUACAUACUGGAGAAUAAUACAAUCUGUUGAUCAACUUGACAUGCAUUUGCAUCAUUGAACUCUGCUAAGCCAUGUGGUCUACAUACAACACAAAAGGACAAAGAUAUGUUUCAAACGGCCAAUUCAUUUCAGGCCAGAACAAAUAAUAACAACAUAGCUGUAAACAUGGCUUCACCCAAGGAAGGCACACAUGACAAACACAAAGCCUAACCAGGCAUUGUUUUUCUCUCAAGGAAUUGUGAAAUAAAAUCAUGUCUUCAGUGAAGCCCAGAACACUCUACGCAUUUCCCCAGUUUCAGUUUAGAGAUAAGGAAAGAUUGGCCUGGCCCACUAGGAUCCCUCUUUAUGUUUGUGAACUUUAUAGUCUAUACAUUUAGAGUGAUGUGAUAAUCAAACACUCUAGAAGUCUAGAAUGAAAGAGUAUAUACGAGAAUUGACAGAGUGUAUGUACCUUCAAUGCUGAAUGAUGAGCAGAGGCAGAGUUUGGAGUGUUUUCUUUAGCUCGCUUUCCAUGUUUAAUUACUCACUGUCUAAUAUGUCCAGGUACGUUGAACAUAUUUUCCCUGCCAUUUGCUGUUUGACCUCUGCUAUCAUGCUAAUUAGCUGCCUGAAAGCAGGUGACUCCACUGUAGAAAUAGCCUGCAUGUCUUCUAGCACAUACGCUGCAAUAGCUGUAUCAAUGUUGUCCUGGCUAGCAGUCCCUCUGUUAAAAUCCAGCCGCUGUUGGAGGUGGAGGUGAAGUGUGUCUCUCUUUACUAGCUUUGUCGUAGCAUUUUUCCUUUGUAAAUUUUUCAGCAGAUUUGAAUUGCUGUUUUGGCCAGUAGAUAGAAUCGUUGAUCCAAGACACAAAUUCCAUUGAACUAAAAAUGUAUUUUCUUUGUGCUCGACAAAAAAAAAAGUUGUGAGAAUAUCGCCAUGUUAAGAAACUCGACUUUUGGCACCUCCAGUACCAACUGCGAUGGGCCGGCCACACCAUCCGAAUGCCAGUUGAUAGACUUCCGCGACAUCUGCUAUAUGGUCAACUUCAUCAUGGCAAGAGAUCUGCAGGAGGCCAAAACCCGAGGCAUAAGGACCACCUGAAAAUAACUCUCAAGAGGUGUGGAAUACAG